GUCUACAGAAUAUCCAGGUUUAGAGGGAUGUAUAAAUCUCUCUCUCUGUUUGUAAUAAAAUAGACUCUAGAACUUUAGAAUAGACUCUAGACUCUAGAACAGAACGUUUAUAUUGUGACUAGCUUUAAUUCAUAAACAAGAUCACUGAUAAGAUAUUUCAUGUUUAACUACUUUUUGUUCUCUUUUUUAGGUGAAAUGUGGAAGGUGGCCUCUUUCUGGAUGUUUCUGGACAUUGUUGAGAAGAAUGAUGAACUGAAACAGAAACUGAAUGAAAAAGAUCUGCGCUUCAUUAAAGAGUUAAUUGAGGGAGUUGACACUGCGGAUCCAGAGUGGCCAGCGACAGGCAGAUCUGAGAACAAGGCUUUUCUGUAUGAGAUUGUGAUAAAUAAAUGGAAUGGCAUUGAUGUGCACAGAUGGGACUAUUUUGCACGAGACUGUCAUCACUCGGCAUCCCAAACAGCUUUGACCAUCAGCGUCUGCUGGAAUCUGCUCGAGUCUGUAAAGUGAACGGGAGGAAUCACAUCUGCUUCAGAGACAAGGUGCCUCAUACACAAGAUCACCUGUUUGUUAACAUUGCAGUGUCACAUCAGUAUAUACCACCACAAACCAUUGACUCUGUACUAUACGACAAAACAUUAGAUCACCUGUAAAAGUAAGUGAUCUGUAAGAGAUUAAUCAUUUCUCAUCCUGUAAGGAAUUAUUUUAGGAAAUGUAAGUUUAAAAGUAUCCACUUAAGCUAAAUUAGAUAAAUAUUCCUCAGC